AUGUAUACCGUGACGGUCUCCGUCGCGGGUUUAUGUCUUGAAGGGAUCCGUUAUGUUCAUCGAAUUCUGAAAGGCAAUGAGGUAAAACGGUGUAAGAAUGAGUUACUGAUUGGAUACAUGGCAGUGAUCCUAUGGGCGAUGAGAUCCAGAUAUUUACUGUUUUAUUCGGGAUACGAUAAAAAGGUCGAGAUUUCAGCCACUUACAGGUCACUCGUGGAGCAAGAGCAAGAACCUGAAAUCCAAGAUGAUGGUCAAAAUGAAGAGGAUCACAGUUUAGAAGCACCACACGAACUUCUUCGAAAUAUGGAGCAGCUCAUGAAGACCCCAAGCGGAUAUGAAUGCAAAAUCUGUCUUGUUGAGUAUAGUACCACCAGGAUUCCGAGAAUGCUCAGUGCGUGCGGACACACGGUUUGUGAGAAGUGCGCUGGUCAAUUGUUGGAACAUAGUGUUAGUAGAGCAGUGUCAUUCUCCAUGUCCAUGUGGAUUAUCCAAUGCCCAUUCUGUCGUGAGGUUUAUGCAUUCUUUGGAGAAAUCCUUCUCUGCGGUCUAGUUUUCGAAAUUGAUAAGGCUAAACUGCAUAAAAUUGAGUUGCUGAUUGGGAAUGGAGUAGCUAUACUGUGUCCAAUUGUGCCCACCUUUUUGAUGCGCUCAUUGAAAAUUGAUGAGAAGGAAAUGUACCUCACGCAAUUCAUCCUGCUCGGCUCUGCUCUUGUCUUCUUUUACCUUCCAUAUCUCCGCUCAUCCCACUAUAACCUACCAACACCGUUCCGAAAGAUACACAAACUGCUUCUAGUGACUCACGGAGCUAUUAUAUAUUUUUUGGUGGAAAAUCAAAAAGCUGAUGGGAUUUGUUUUAUGCAAGCUGUAAUGUGGCUUUUGUCAUUUGUCGGGAUCCAUGAGUUUUGGAGUAUUUAUAGGACUGAUUUGAGAUUAUGUCAAAAUUUUGCCAAAGAUAAUUAUCCAAUUCUAGUUAUUGAUUACAAUGGAAAGUUGCAUGUUGCGGAGCGCCUUGUAGAUCUGAAAGAUCGACCGACUCAGGGUACUCAGAAUUUUAUUGAUCGUCUAUUCGCCAGAACUUCCGCUUCCACACCUGCCCGGCUCCCAGUCGCUCCUGAAGCUCCACCAGCGCAGGAUACUCAGAAUCUGGUAAGACAGCAACUCAGACUAGAAUGCAAUAUAUGCUUGGAGGACUACAGUAAGACAAGAGUUCCCAGAAUCCUCAAGGAAUGUGGACACUCGAUUUGUGAUGUGUGUGUUGGUCGGCUGCAGAACAUCGUGGAUAACUUUUUAUUUGUGAUUUGUCCGACCUGUCAGAGAAGCACAUAUACGAUUGGGUCCGAGUUACCAAAGAAUUAUGCGCUAAUUGAAUUGAUGGAGAAGUUGGGGCACUGA